AAAACAGAAGACUCUCUUAACCUAAAGAUAGUUUUUAUUUUUGUUUAAAAAAUUAUAAAAUGAUAAAUACAGACACUGAAAAUGGAGAACUUUCUACAAGACAGCGAUCAGAUCCUAGAAGCAGAUACCAAUUUCACACCUGAUGAACUGCGUGUUCUUAAAGAUUGCAACAGAGAAAGUUUUUACAAAAGAUGCAUACCAAUCAGUGCAUUUUUGGCUGGUUCAACUUAUUAUGGUAUAAAGGCUGGAUUUUUAAGAGGAAGCCCACGAUUUGGAGCUACUCCAAAAGUCUUCGUUGCUGUAGCAGUUGGUUAUUUUCUUGGCAAAUUUUCCUAUCAGUCCAAAUGUGCAGAGAAACUGAUGCAGCUUCCUAAUAGUCAAAUAGGGGAAAUGUUAAGACAAAAAAGACGUGGCAAUAUUAAAGAAUCUAUAGAUACUGGAUUUGGACCAAGUUUAGGAUUAGCCCCAUUUUCAAGUAUUAAUCCUGCAGACACAUAUAGUGAUAUAAGUCCUUACAGCAGUUUAGAUAUAGAUACAUCAAGACCUGAAAACCCUGGUUUGGAUGACUAUCAUAGACCAUCUUUAGAUAAUCCAGCUAUAGAGACACUUGAAGAAAUGCCUCCAGAACAAAAAAUAUCUACAAGUUAUGAAGAACUGAGGAAAAAAAAUAGAGAAGAAUAUAUUCAAAAAAGAACUGGUGGAUAUAAAGAACCUCCUGCGAGAUCAACAGAACCUUCAUUUUUAAGUCCUAGGCAAGAGAAACCUACAAAUGAAAAUAAAUAUGGGGAUACUUGGGGUUAAACUGGUUUUAAUGGCAUUAUCAAGAUUUCAAUAAAACAACUUUUAUUUAGUAAUGUAUGAUUUUAAGUAUCUUAUUGACUCUGUUACAUAUUGUUUGUAGAAUAAACCUGUCAAGUCUUU